AUUUGUUUCCUUGGUUACAAAUGUUGUCAACCAGUCAUCAGGCAGUGUCUAGGAUCCCCCACUGACGCUGGAGCUGGAUUGUAUCUCCUCGGUGGACCGUAGAGGGAGCCCUCAGCCAUCAGGGAGGACCUCUGCAGGAACCUGCUCAGGGAGACAGAGGAACAAACUAGGCCCCAGACCCGCCUGGCCACGGGGCCCUCCCGGAACAGAUAUAUAAUCCAUGGGUGGCAGAGACCUUCGUAUGUUCAUCACAAAUCACAGGGCAGAAGAUAUAGAAAAACUGACCAUACGGUUAAAAGAUGGUUUGGGGAGCACCAAGUACAAACCACUGCAAUACGAGCAAUUACAGCCCAUCCUCGAUGCCAGAAGAGUCGCUUGUGCACACACUGUACAAAAGAUUCAGAAGACACAACAAGUGGCACAGAGAGCGAGACAGAAAACACUGUUGAGGCAGCACAGGGAGGUGUGGAUGUGGGAGCAGGCCAAACUAAUGAAGGCUGGGGAAAAGGCAGAAGCGGAGCUUCAAAGUUUUCUGGAAAAAAACAGAGACGGGGUCAUAUCACAGAUGCAAGACUAUGAGCUGAUCCUGGAGAGGGAGCGGGAAGGAUUCCGAGAGGCUACGGUCAAGCCCAUCUGGCAAUUAAAGGAGGAUCUGCAAUACAGACUGGCCGAAGUGCAACAGCGUACCUUACAGCAGCGUUCCCACUCAGAGAUCUCUGACUGGGAUUCAGUACUGCGGGAGGUAAAAUCCGUGAAGGACCAGCAAGGAGCACUUGUAGAAAAUCUGCAUUUUGAAUGUUUAUCAGUGGAACAGGAGAUCUUUGCAAUAGGAAUUGAGGAGAGUUUAUCUUCUGCAGAAGAGAUUUUGGGAGCUUUGAAACAGAAUCCAGAGGAGCUCUUGAGUGCUUGGUGUUCCUACCCUGAUUUUAAGACUUCCCUCCUCCAAGAGUUUCAUGCCCUCAGUGAGAAAUAUGAGUCAAAACUCCUGAAUAUCACAAACUGUCUGCAGGAAAUAGGCAGAUGCUGUGGGUGGCCCGAAGAGGAUCACAUGGUGUUUCAGAUGGUCAUGAGUCAGUACACGCAUGACCUGAAUAACCACCGAACUCUCUCCAUGGAUAUGCUACAGAGACUUCUCCCUCACCGAUCCAGACAGGAAUUGAAGGACCAUGAGCAGUCUUGGGACCAGUACCGCUUUGCUCUGGCGCAGCAGCGGGCAUUGCUCCAGAGCUGGCAGCAGGACCGGGCCAGCCUCCUGAUCAAGUCUCUGGCCAUUCUGGAAGAGGCCCGGGUGGCCCACCAGGAAGAGCUGUCUCAGCAGUGCCAGCGUAAACACCAACAGGAGAUCUGCAUCCAGCUGAAAGAGAAGCUGCAGCAGUGGCGGGCCCAGCAGGAAGAAUUGGCCAGUCUGGAGGCUGCCAUGGCAUCCAGGAGACGGGAGGAAGAAGAGGACAGGCUGAGGAGGGAGCAGGAGAGAGACAGAGCCCGGAGGGCUGAACAGAAAGAGAGGGUUAAAGAGUUCUACAGUGAAAAACAGAGGAGGAGAGAGGAACAGGAGAAGAAGGACCAACAGCGUCUGGAAGAACUGAGGGCACUUAUGGUUGAGCAAGCAAGAAGAGACAAAGAGAGGGUGCAGUUUCGGGAAGGGCUCCUGCUGCAGCGCCAGAGGGAGAGGGAGACACAGGCACUCCUGAGACUGGAGGAGGAGGUGGAGAAAUGGGGACAUCUGGAGGCCCUCAGGAACCAGGUAGCAGUUGUAGCAGAGGCAAACCCAGAGAGGAUGAUGGGAAACACCAAGGCCUGGCAGAGGCGGCACCAAACAGGAGAAGAGUUUGUCCUGCAUAAGCCCCUGUAUCAGUUAAAUUCCUUCACAGACAGACAGAUCUUAUCCGAUCCCAGAGUCCGGAUUGAGCAAGCUCUACGGGAGGCAGGAUUUCACAAUUCACCGUAUGCCAGGGAGGUUUUGUCUGCUGUCCGUCCACCGCGUUUGCCCCGGCGGGACACAGAGUCUACCAUGUUUAAAUCCUGACAUGGACACAGAGUCCACCAUGUUUAAAUCCUGACCUGGACACCAAGUCUACCAUGUUUAAAUCCUGACCUGGACUCAGAGUCCACCAUGUUUAAAUCCUGACCUGGACACCGAGUCUACCAUGUUUAAAUCCUGAUAUGGACACAGAGUCCACCAGGUUUAAAUCCUGACCUGGACAGCAAGUCUACCAUGUUUAAAUCCUGACCUGGACACCGAGUCCACCGUGUUUAAAUCCUGACCUGGACACCAAGACUACCAUUUAUAAAUUCUGACCUGGACACAGUCUACCAUGUUUAAAUCCUGAACUGGACACUGAGUCUACCAUGUUUAAAUCCUGAUAUGGACACAGAGUCUACCAUGUUUAAAUCCUGACCUGGACUCAGAGUCCACCAUGUUUAAAUCCUGACCUGGACACAGAGUCUACCAUGUUUAAAUCCUGACCUGGAUACCAGGUCUACCAUGCUUAAAUCCUGACCUGGACACCGAGUCUAACAUGUUUAAAUCCUGACCUGGACACAGAGUCCACCAUGUUUAAAUCCUGACCUGGACACCGAGUCUACCAUGUUUAAAUCCAGACCUGGACAGUCUACCAUGUUUAAAUCCUGACAUGGACACAGUCUACCAUGUUUAAAUCCUGACCUGGACACCGAGUGUACCAUGCCAAUAAUUAUGGAGCUCACUAUCUAUAGCUUCAUGCCAUCAUACACCACUUUAUUAGGCUGUUAGAACCUUGGCGAUUUGUAGUCAUUUCAAGUAACUUUUACUUCCUUACUUUAACUCAGGUGGUGUUCUAAGCGAUGGUUUGUAAAUUUAACUUAGGCAGUGUUCUGAAUGGUGACAAUUGAUUUCACUUUACUUAGGCGGUGUUCUGAGUGGUGAGCACUUGAUCUGAAUAAUUUGCUAUAAGCCUUUAGAGGGUUUGGUGGUCUGUAAAGACUUUAAAUGUAUUCUCAUCGUGUGCAUGUAUCGUCUUUUAAUUUUAUUGUUAGAA